AUGUAUAGUGUCCUGCUGUUCCCAUUCUCUGCACUUUAUGGGGUGCUAGGGCUCUUAUUUCGGGUCCUUUUGACCUUCCUGGUACCUUCGAUUGAUCCCAAUGAUGGUAUUCAUCUCGCUGUCAGUCCCCGGUGCGGUCCCCUGUCUGGCACAGUGUCGGACUUCAAUGCCGGUUUGAAUCUUCCUCAAUUUAAGACCAUUGUUGCAUUUGGCGACUCAUUCACUGAUGGGGGGAGACAUGACGGUGGCCCUCUUGAGCCUGCUGUUAUAACACCACCAGAUAUUCUAGCAGGCGGUCGUUCAACCAACGGACCCGUUUGGGUCGAGGACAUUGCCAGUGACAUCGGCGCCAGGGUCAUGGAUUAUGCUUGGUCAAGCGCUGUUACAAACAUUAGCUUGUGGCCUAGUAACCCAUAUCCGCGGGACUUCAUCAUGCAGACAACAACAUUUCUAAGCCAAUCCAAUAACCUGGAUCCGGAGACCACCCUGUACGCGAUAUUCUUUGGAAUUAACGACUGGGGGGACUCCUUUGUGGACGGAAACCACCUACCAGAGGCAGCGCAAGAUAUGCUAGGCCAGAUCGCUCUUCUUGCUUCUCCACCCACAAAUGCACGCAAUUUUCUUAUUACCGAUGCAUAUGGUCGCGGAACUCAUAAUUCAUGGGGGGAGGCGUGGCUUCAAGAUCCUCCAUUGAAUUUGGCUUUGGUCAUUUUUGGGACCAUCUGGGACGGAGUGCUUGGAUCUGAUCCGAGCUAUAAGGCUUUCGGGUAUACAAACCCGGGUGCCUGCUUCAUCGAUGGCAACAUGUGCGAUGACCCAGAACAUUAUUUCUAUUGGUUCGACGGGCAUCCUUCCAACAGACCCAUAGGAUCAUGGCAGGACUAUGUGGAGGAUGGUACUGACACACUGUCGCGUAUGAUUCUUGCCAAUCUACACCAGCAGCACUAUCAAGUGCCUCGUGUAAUUGAUAAAAGGUUAAACUACACAACUGCAAGUGGUGCCAGCAGGACAAGUCGCUGGCACCCAUCCCUGCAGAGCACUGAGCAAAACGACAGGAAAUAUCAUGAUUCAGGAGAGCAGCAGCUUCGCCGAGGUCACGUUUUGUUCCAUGAGCUCGGUUACGCCCUAGCCAGGCAUGAGAGGCUAUCCAGACUUAACGCAGUAGCAGCGCGAUGA